GUUUAGGGUAAAGUAAUGGUAUCGAAAGAGGGUACAAAAUGCGCCGGUUGCGGUGUAUUAAUUAAGGAUCGAUACUAUCUUUUGGCCGUAGAUAGGGAAUGGCACAUACAAUGCCUUAAAUGUUCCCUUUGCCAUCAAAAACUCGAAUCUCAAACCACGUGUUUCUCCAAGAACGGUAAUAUUUAUUGCAGAUAUGAUUAUUACAAAUUUGUAUCAAUCAAAACUUGCGCCAGAUGCCAGACGGCCAUCUUGGCUAACGAAUUGGUUAUGAGGGCAAAGCAUCUUGUCUUCCAUUUAUCGUGCUUUACCUGUUUUUGGUGUAAUAAUUCCUUCAAUCGUGGAGAUUAUUUCGGACUUAAAGAGAAUGGUGUCUAUUGUCACAGGCAUUUUGUAUUGACGAGUAAAGAUGACAAGUUGGCACUCCAUCCAAACUCCUCUAAGAAGUGCAAAUCGUUGAGGAAGAUCGAGCGUGAUAAUUACGAUACCAUUCAGCCUCCAGUACCUUCUUUAAAUCCAAUAAACGAAGGAAAUCAGAAAGCCAAAAGGAGGAGGACGACAUUUAAAAAUCAUCAAUUGAAAACCAUGAAAUCGUACUUUUCCUCUAAUCAAAAUCCGGAUGCAAAGGACCUGAAGCAAUUAGUACAGAAAACGGGACUUUCAAAGAGGGUACUUCAGGUUUGGUUUCAGAACGCUCGAGCGAAAUGGAGAAGAAAUCAAAACCGAGAAACCAUGGAGAGCAGCAACACUCAACAAGUAGAAAGAUUGUGCGAGCCUUGCCAAAAAAUGGUGAUAAUACAUCAGGAAAGUUCGCCAGAUACUCGUUACUAAAGAAGGGAAGAGAAAGGGACAAAAAAAAAAA